UAGAUAAAGAUUAAUAAAAUUUAAAAAACUAGCCAUAUUCGCAAUUUAACAAAUUAUUAAUUAUAAUUAUUAAUAAUUCACAAAGCUUUUAUAUAAUUUUUGUAUUGAAUUACUUUAAAAUGGAGCAUUAAUAAAUAAAAAAUAAACAAAAUGUAUUUAUUUUUCUCAGUUGUCAACACUGAACCUAACCCCCAAAAAUACCCAACAUAACCUCAACAAUGGAAGAGCUGGCCAAAAAGUGCAUAGAAGAUCACAAAAAUUCCCUGGUAAAGUUUAAUUUACCCGCGACGAAGCUAUUUUUGAAAUCUGAUGAUCUAAAGUAUACUGAAGAACAUUUGGAUGGAUUUAAGAAGGUUUUGGGGCACUUAAGGGUUGAAAAAAGAUAUGCAAGAUCACAAGCAGUAUGGGUGAAAGAAUUGAGUUUAGGAAAGGUAACCAAGGUUGCUAGAAAUUUGCUGAAUUCUUUUGGUUUUCAAGAUAAAAGUGGUAUUUUUUUGUAUCCAGAGGAAGUAUUGUUUUUAAUGGAAACCAACAGACUUGAAAUAAAAAUUGAUGAGAAUUGUCUUAGUAUCCAGGAUAUGUACAAUAUGGUAAUUAAUUUGACUGGCUAUAAUUCAAAUAAGUAUUUGGUGUACAAAAAACUGGUUUUGCAAGGUUAUAAAGUAAUUAACCUCAUAGAGCACAAAAGAAAACUCAAAAAGCAAUGUAAUAAAAGAAAAUCAGAAAGUAACUUAAAUGAUGGUAAAAAAAUAAAAAUUGAUGAGUUAGAAGAAGAAUUAAAGGUGCUACAAUCAAAAGAAGAAAUUAUAAUAAAAAAAAUAGACGAUAUUUUUAAGAGAAUCCAAGAAAAUGCACCCACAAGUUUUAGAAAUGUGGAAACAGACUUAGAAGUAGAAUAUUUUGCCUUUUCUACAAAAAAUAAUUCAAAUAAUUAUGAAUUUAGGAUAAUACAAAGAAAUAAUAUUGAUUUUACAGAAGACAUAAAGUGCUCUGAAAAAGAUAUAUUUGCGAUUUGUUCAGAUGAGAAUGUAGCAUUUUAUAAACUAUCAAAAGUUAUUGUACCAGAUUUAAGUUGAUAAAUAAAACAUUUUUAAUUAAAUUUGUACA